GUUUAUUUUUUUCCUGUAUGGACAUCCACCGGUUUUUUGUUUGUUUGCUUUGUUUUGUUUUCACCACUCAUUGAAAGGAUCAUCCUUUCCUUUGAAUUGCAGCGAUGCCCUUGUCACAUAUCAGGUGACUUGCUGUGUGGCUCUUUUGGAUUCUCUAGUCCAUUCCAUUGGUCAACUUGUCUGUCUCUGUGCCAAUAACUUAAUGCUGUAGCUUUAUAGCUAUCUUGAUACCUGGUGGCUGAAUGCUUUAAAAGACCUGGGAAUCAUCAGGUGGGAAUCACUUGCUUUGGAGUGGGAUUCUCAACCUCUAGUACUUAUUAAAUUCCCUGGAGAGAAGUUCUUAAAAGUACCCUCACCCAGGAUUUAUCCCGCCUCAAAUAACUCAAAAUAUCUAGAGGAAUGUUCUGAAAAUAGGUAUUUUUAAAGCUCCUAGAUGAUUCUAAUGCACUCCCAGGAUGGAAACAACUGCUUUAGAAAUAGGUUAUUCUCAUUUUACCAUUAAAGAACCAGAAGCCCAAAGUCACAUUUACAAUUUCUGGAGGCAUUAGAUUGUUCACUCACUUUCUCCAGGAUGCAAAAUCCUUGAUAUACUUCUCUUGCCCUCAGUUUUCUCCUAGAGAACAUCUACUUACCCUUCAAAACCCAGCUUAAGAGUGCCCCAUCUACGAUGCAAUCCAGAGCACCCCAGCUAGGAUCAGGUGCCUCCUGCAUGUUCUCACCUCCCAAACUUACCUCUACCUUGGCCCUUACCUAGUGUGACUUGUAUCUCUGUGUUCUCCUGUGUUCCCAUCAGACCAGAGCUCUUGGAGUUAGAAUGUGGCAUGGUCAUUAACAUGUUUCUGGCAUCUGGGAGAUUCAAAGAAUGAGGGUGAGGACUAGAAAUUCCUAGCUCCCCUCUCACCGCUACACAAGGUAAUAAUGUAAAAAAUAUUCAUGCCACCCCUCAGCCUCCAGCCAGUGUCUUGGGCCCAUUAACUUAUAACAAUAAUCUCCCCAGGCUGGACAAUCCCCUUCAUCCUCCUAGCCCCCGAUGAACACCAGGCAUAAAUCCAUGGGACCUGAAUCUUAACUACAGGCAGUCAGGGCAGCCUCAAGUCUAGGCUGAGGUCCCUUAAUGGGCACGUGGAGGGGGCUGCUCCUUCCCAUGCCUAUCUCCUUCCCUGCUCUCCACAGACACGCACCUCCUCCAGGGCUCUUUUUCCCAGGCAGGAUGGGCCCACCAAGGUAUAGCGCCUGGCUGGCCUGCAGCCCACCUGUGGCUACCCUCUUCCCGUGGCCUACUGGCCUUUGGCACUGUCUGAAUUCAGGCAUCCCCAGUGCUGCUCACGUCACUCAGUGGGCAUCCCCACCCUGGCCUCUCCCUGCAUGUCUCCCGUGGGAAUUUGCCCUGGAGCAGAGUGUGUCUGGGGCAGGCAGGGAGGCAUGGCCCUCAGACUCACACAGGCCUCACCCUGUCAUUAGAGGGCAAGGUUUUCCCUCCCAAACCAGGGGUACAGACCUGGAUUCUGGGUCAGUGUCCAGCUUGCUGGCUCUGAUCCUCCACCACUAUAGACUCUACAGUAACAAUAGGACCACCUGCACUCUUUGGUCUCAACCUGUCCUUCUAUCUCCUCUGCAGCCCGUUGGUGACCAGAGCUGGCCAGUGUGAAGUCUCUUGUCUCGCCGUUCACAUGGUGUCUCUGACCCACGCAUCCCAGCAGGCAGGCCUUGCUCCCUGGGCGAGGGAAGGUGGUGGCUCAGGGGCUUCUUCGGGGGUACUCUCUGAUCUGGGCAGCUCCGGAACCCACAUCCCCAUAGCCUUGUUUGUCUAGGCCCUGAGUGCAUAGAGUUUGUGGCUGAACCAGGCCUGGGAAUGAACUAGUGUUGCCUCUUUCCAAGAAAGUUUCUCUGGGUCGCCUGCUCUGAAUAGCGCUGGGAAUGAGAGUCAUGUCUUUGCCAAAAGCAGCAACCCAAAGGAAGGAAAAACACCACCCACGGCUCUUCUGAGGCCUCUGAGGUGCUUCGGUCAGAUAUGACCUACUGUGAAGCACCACUAAAUGGGGAAGAAAUACAUGAAUGUUUUUUCUGCUCACUGGAGCUCACUAGAUAAAGCAGAAUUGAAGAUAGGCAUGUUGAACUUAUUGCUCUUCCAUCCCAGGAUCAGUGGGUUUGGAAGGUUCCCCGACAUCAUCAAUGCUUUUCUCUCCAAGAGAUAAAACUGAAGAUAAGAAUUUUAUUUUAUUUUAAGCCUUUGAAAAAUUAAUCCUAAAGUAGUAUCUGUUUUUUAAAGACAAUUUGGAAAAUAUAGAAAAGUAAGGGGGAAGCAGAGACAACAGAGCCCAGCCAUAGUCUCAUCACUCCAGCACAAUAAAUAUACAACAGGAAAACAAUUUGUAAUUUCCAUGAUCAUGAACUUUGAGGUGAAUUUUUAAUUCCUGUUCUUCCUAAUGGAACUUAUGAAUUUAGUUGUCUAUUUGUCUCUCCUCGAACUUUUUCCCCAAAGGACUCCAUGUGAGCUAAGGUAACAGAGGUGACAAUUUGGAACACAUGAAAAAAUAGCAAAAGAAAAUGGUGAGGGAUAUAUGGGAAUGACCCCAAGAAACCCAGUUAUCAACCUGUUCCUAUGGUCAGCAAUGAUGAUAUUUGGGUUGAAUAUUCAGUAUUAGGACUCCAGGCUCAUCUACUUGUAGACUAUUCUGACUUCUAUACCCAGAGAGAGAUUGGGAAAUAGAGUCGUUGCAAAAGGUGUCUACUGGAGUUCAUUAGGGAAGCCACAGCCCAGUGGGCGUGGCCGGUACAAUAUCAUGCUGCUGCCUCCACGGGUGAGGAGAACUCCUGGGGAGGUGGUGUGGCCAUCCCAAAGCCUCCAUCACCUGCCCACUCACGCCAGCUCAUUUUAUUGACCUUAGUCUUCCAAGAGACCAUGGAAGUAUAAAUAAUAAAGCAAGAAAGGCAGAUGCAUUUGGCUGGCUCAGUGGACUUCUGAAUGUACUGUGAGUAUAAGACCUUCCCUUUCAAAAGACCGAGUGCUUCUUGUCUAUUCCACGUGAAGCUUUCUUCAGAUUGAGGGAGGAUAUAGCACUAUCCACAGGAGGGGGUAUGAAAGGAAAAUUCUAGAGGAUCUCCAAAAUCCAGGUAAACCCCUCUUGAGGAAUUUGUUGAACGUCUUUGGCAGAGUGUUAUGGAUGUCUACUGCCAAGGACUUUUCUAGAGAAAAAAGCUUCAUGAAUGUGGGGAUGGGAGAGGUCUUGGGACAUAAGUGGUGCCUCCAACUUGGGUCCACCCUUGCUGCAUGAUGCUGGCCAUAGUCAGCCUUGUAUGUGAGCUGUUUGGGAAUCUUUCUCUCUCUCUGAGGACAGAGGCUAGAUCUAUCAACUCACUGAUUAGUGGAGAAAGUGAGGCCAAGGAGCCUGUUCAAUGCAUUUCUGCAGAAUUGCCUUCACCAGCUGGAUUCUCACCACUGAUGCACAUUGCAACCAUGAUGUCUUCCUUUGUCCACUCUGAGCCUCAUUUCCCUCUUUAUGGUACAGAUAAUCCUGAAGUCGAUGAUCUCUCAGCCUUUCCAACCCACAUAUCCCCUCCCCUUAGAAUGCAGUCACAGAAGGGGAGGAGGACCAGGUCAGGCAAACAGCUGGAAAGUUCUCGAGGGUUUGGAGAAGGCUGUGGGGCUUGCUGGGGUGAGAGUCAGUCUGCAACAUCAAUAUGGACCAUUUUCUGGGCAUUGCUGUGGUGUCCCAGUGCCUGACACAGAGUGAGGACUCAAACCUAUUUCUUCAAGAAUGAAGGCAGAAAUCUACAGGGCAAAUUAAGAAGUGGAAUGGGGACAUGUGCUCCACUCUUUGUUUUCCAGGAAGGAGGAAAAAGUAUAUUUGCUGUGGUCAUCAGAGUUUGUUUACGGGGCUUCUCUUACUUCUAACAGGGGAGAGAAGAUAUAUCUUACCACCACUUAGUUCUAAAUGUGCUUUUAAAAAUAGUAAUUUAAUUUCUACUGUAUAUUGAGUGAUUUCUUCUAAAAACAAUAUGAGUCCUUUAAAACAGGUGAGCCACAGAGCAGGCCUGGAGUGGCUCUUCAAGAUGGGGCUCUGGUGAGGGUCUUCUGUUGGGAGGCUAAGGCACAUCUUUAGCAAGGAUUCCCCAGAUUUCUCAGCCCAAGGGAGGGCACCGAGUUUACCCAAGUGCUACACACUCCAAAGGGUGCUUUGAAAAGGUUCUGAGGAAAGGUGGCAUCUCAGAGGGCCUGGGGUUCCUGGGGCAGGAAGGGGUUUCUGGGACAGGAAGGGGUGCCCGGUGCAUGCAGCCAAGUGUAGGAAGCAUCUCCCCAAUGAGCAGGGAACACAUUGGUUGCCUGAAGCUCACUCUGUUGGUUCUCAAGACUUGGGAACUUGUCCAAAGUAUUCUAAACAUUUUGGUCUCAUUGGCUUGAAGAAGGAUAUUACACCAACUCUUUCUAGCCAGUCAGUUUCAUCUGAGGGAAGAGAGGGAGGGUGGUCAACUAUCAGGAGAGAAGUGACCUGCCCAAGGACAGGGGGAGGUCUCUCUAAAGGAAACUGUGGUUCCAAACCACUGUGCGCUGAGUAGACCUUCUGUAGCCUGCGUGUGUUCUCCCUGUUUAGGUAUUGUUUCUUCAAACUGUGGUGAUAAUGGGGGAAGCACUUUGUAAAUUUGGAAAUAUUAUUAUUGUUGAGUCUGCUGUCAUCGUUCACUGUUGCUUCAGUUGGCUCAUUGGGACGGUGUGGGAGGUGGAAGCAGUGCCCUCCCACUGCUACACGCCCUCUCGUGUAGACUUAAGCCGCCUGUGCUACCUGUGCAGACGCUUCCCACCUGGUUUGGAUCUGUCUUUAGGAUGAAUGACUUCCGGGUCAGUGAGGCACUAUUUUAUCUAGUCAUAAGAGGAGGAAAUUAUUUUUCCAAAUUAAUAGGGAGCAUGGGAGUAGGAUGGUCAGAGACUUGAAAUACUGACUAUAGCCUUAUGUGUCCUAUGUGUACCCCAUGGGGUUUGGUUUCUAUCUUGUUCUCUUUUUUUCUUGGUUUUGUUUUAGUUUUAUCUCUUUAUUUAUUUUGAGUGACAGCCAAACACACACAGAUACACGCGCACACACACACACACACACACACUCCAAACUAAAAGCCAACAAACAAUUGCUCAACUCAGGAGAGCAACAUAUCAAUUGAUUGGGAAAUAACCGGUUGCUCAGCUAUUUUAAUUGAUGGAAUUAAAAAUUAGCCUACUCAGGUAUCUAACCCAACUGACAAAUUUGGGUCAGUUUAAAGCCCAUGAUGAUAGAUGGAAAGGCCCAGAAUUGGGCUGGUGUGGGCUGUUUGGGGGAGAAAGGCCAGAUGUUGGCACUCAGGGAGCCAGGGCAGGAGGCCUGGUGGGGACUGUUGUGACACAGGCAUGCAAAGGUGGGAGGGUGCUGAGACCUGGCCAGGCCAGGGUGUGGGCUGUGUCCCUUGGGGGGGCAGUGGUGGCAGUACCACCUGAUCACCAGCAUCUCAUGGGGGAAGAAACCAAAUUACCACCACCUUCCCCUCAUUUAAUAGAUGAAGAUACUGUAAGCCUGAAGGGUGAGGAGACUUGCCUUGAAACGCCUAACAAACACACAAGUUGGGGAGAACCGCUAUCCAGACCUGGAAUUCCAUAAUCUGUUCUUGUUUCUGAAGCUUGGCAAUGUAGAGAAAACUUGAGGGCACAGCGACUGAACAUCACGGUAAAGCUGUGCGUGCCACAAAGUGUUCCCGGGAUGGCGCUUUCUGCAGGUUCCUUCCCUGCUCCGGCCCUGCCCUGCCCGGCCUCGUCCCAAGGCUCCUGCCAGGCUGCUGAACGUCCUCCAUGUCAAAUGGCUGUGAAACCUGCUGCUGAGAAUGUUUUCUCAGCUCCUUGAGGGAGGGACAUGACUUAACUUCUCCACUCCUAGGCACUGGGCACUUGCGCCCACUGUGAAUAGCAGAAGCUUCUGUUUUUAAUCCAGGCAGCCUUUGUAAACAAUGCAGCCCCCUAGACCCUGAGAUGGAAUCCUUCCCAUUUUCUAUUUUCUUUUGUUUAUCUGAAGCAUCCUUGGGAAUUUUACUAAUUUCUCUUCUACAGUCUGUUUUCAGACAGCCCAUAGAGCCCUUGUUUAUCACCAGCUGUUAUUAAGUUUUACCAAAAAGUAGUUUUUGGGGGUGGAAGGUGCUUAGAGAGCACCUAGGUUCAGAGAGGGAAAGUGCUUCCUGGAAUGUCACACAGCUACGAAGGCAUGAGAGCAGAGCACAGAACUCCUGCCUACUUCAUAGUCCUGGCAUUUAAAAAAAAAAUGUAUCUGCCCAUAUUUGUGAGGAUGUUUUUGGCUUCAAGGAAAUGACGAUGUAACUCAAUGUCACUGGGGGUCCAGAGGCAGGGUGCGCUCUGGGGCCAGCUUUUUCCAUGGCCCCAGCUCCGGUUUCUCCUAAGAGCCCUUGGAUGCAUCCUCUUUGUGCUCUGGCUUUGCUUUCGAGUCACUUCCCCCAUGGGGUAAAGUUGCUGUUAGUCCCUGCCUGCCAUACCUUCCUGCCCAAGAUAUCCCAGGAAAGAGACAGGGCAGUACCCCAACAUUCCAACAAACAGUCUUGAAAUCCUCCCUCAUUGUACCUCUUAAGCCACAUGCCCCUCCCUAAACAAGUAUCAGGGCAGAAAUUCCCACCUGCAAUGAUUGGAUUAGGUCUGGCUCCUGAAGCAACCAGUAGCAGGAGAGUUGAGAUGCCCCUGCACCAAUCAGGCCCUCCAUUGGAGUAGGGAGGAGCUUCUGUCCCUGAGGCACAUGGGCUGCCUGAGAGAAGAGUAUAUUACUGAAAAUAAGAAAAAGAAAAAGAAGAUGAGGAGGAGAGGAUAAGAGGAGAAGAAGGGAAGGAGGGGGAAGAGGAGGAGAAGGAGGAGGAUGAUCUAUUGGGAAGCUGGGAGAAUGGAUGCUGAGGGAGCAAUGAGCGUUAUUCACUAGAAUUUUCCAAUACUGUACUACAAACUCCUUGAAGACCUUUGUUGUGAUCAAGGCUCUAUCCACAGUGCUUGGCAUAGAAGGAUUUGGACAUGAAGAACCUGGGAACUGGGGACACUCCCAGGUACAGGUCCUGCCUAGUGUUCAUUCAUCUGCUUAUUCAGUCAACCAGAAAGAGCCAGGCAUGGGAAUUUAGCUGCGCAGACCCUGUUGGUGGCUGACCCAGUUCCCCUUUGCUGGUACUGCUGUGAGGGUUGGCUGCUGACAGCUCACAGCGGCCUUCCCCUCUCCAGAAAAUUGUCCUUGGCUGAUAAGACCUAAUUGACCCAGUUAUGUACCAUGACCUGCAUCCACAGGACAGAUCACAGCCACCAACUGACUGAUUCUGUCCAAAAGGCCAGCCUGGAGAGCCCUUCCACUGUGGACCAGGCCAAGGCUAGAUGUCACCUUGGCUCCUUCCCUUUUCCAUCCCACUUCCCUCACUUCCCUACAGGCUCCUGCUGAGACAACUGCCUCAAUACAUAACAUGCACCUAAAUCCCCAUCUCAGGUUCUGCUUCUAGGGAACCCAAUCUAAGACAACCAUGAAUAGCCUUUACUGUGGACAGGCUGACCCUUACCCAUGAAUUACAGACACGCAAGAUAUAAAUCACAGGAAGAAAGCAGACUAAAUGAUAUAACAGAUGACCAAGUAAAGAAAUCUGCCUUCAUUUUACAUAUGAAUUGGUAUAACCAUCACUGACAGUAGUAUGUCCAACCAGAGAAAUCAAUAAUUAGGCCAACAUGCUUUUGGCAUCUCUCUGCAGCAUUAGGACUGGCGAUUAAGGGCAAAGAGUAACUAAAAGUCUUGUCUCCCAGAAGCUCACAGUGCCGUUGGAAGAUGUCAAAGCUGAGAGGUGGGUGAAAGGAGCAGCAGUCCUGCGCCAGGCAGACCUGGCUGUUCCUCUCCCAUGGUGCCAUCCCCUUCCCUCCCUGGGAAGGGCGUAGGGAAGAAGGUUUCCUGGAGACCUAAGUCCUUCUGGUAUGAGUAUCCGCCACCUAGAGAACAUAUGCGCUUAAACAAAGGCCUUGAUCUCUGCAAAUUAGUCAUGAUUCUUUUGGCUGAAGGAGAAAAAAUUCACCUCAAACCAGCCAACUCUAAAAGGGAAAUUUAUUGGCUUCUAUAACUUGGAAACAUGGAAGUGGGUAGUAAAUUGAGGUAAAGCUUAGUCCAGGGUCUCCGAAGAUGUCAUCGGAUGUGUCAGUCCAUUUCUGUCUUUCCACCUCCCUCUAUUGCUCUCCUCUCCUACAUGUGGAAACCAUGGCCACAUUCAGCUUCAGGGCUACUUCACAAAGUUAGCUGCCUCAAAGUUUAGAGGCUUUUACAUUCCCUUAGAAAGACACUGACUGGUCUGAUUUUGGUCCACACUCUCGUCUUUAACCAGCCAGUGUGGCAAAGGAAUGAAGUAUUAUGACAGUAGGUCUGGGUCACAUGCCUACACUACGGGGUAUCCUCACUGUGGUCCAAUGGAGGGGAGGAGAGCUGUUCCUCAAAGGAAUUGAGACACUGUUUCCAUAAAGAGGGUACAAAAACAAGAGAUGUCUUCUACAUUCAGUCCUCCUAUUUACAAAAUGUAGAAAGUCAUUUCUAGUCCCCAGGGUGACUACAAAGGUUAAACGCUAUGAACGGGUCAAAGCACUCACAAACUGCGAUGUACAACACAUACUAGUCACUGUAUUUCUUCUUUCAUCUGGUCUUCCUCUGGGUAACUUGUGGGCGAUGGGGUUAUCAUGUUCUUUUUUUCUGCUAACCUCAGGUCUACUACUCAACAAGAUAGUCUUCAAGGAAAAUGAACCCCACGCUGGGCCUGGCUAUUUUUCUGGCUGUUCUCCUCACUGUGAAAGGUCUUCUGAAGCCGAGCUUCUCACCAAGAAAUUAUAAAGCUUUGAGCCAGGCCCAAGGGUGGAAGGAAAGGAAGGCAGCCAAGGAGCUUACAAGGCAGAACAUGGAUUUUGGCUUUAAGCUUCUCAAGAAGCUGGCCUCCAACAGCCCUGGCAGGAACAUCAUGCUAUCCCCCUUGAGUAUCUCUACAGCUUUCUCCUUGCUGUGCCUGGGUGCCCAGGACAGCACCCUGGAUGAGAUCAAGCAGGGGUUCAACUUCAGAAAGAUCCCAGAAAAAGAUCUUCAUGAGGGCUUCCAUUACAUCAUCCACGAGCUGAACCAGAAGACCCAGGACCUCAAAGUGAGCAUCGGGAACACGCUGUUCAUUGACCGGGGGCUGCAGCCCCAGCGUAGGUUUUUGGAAGAUGCCGAGAACUUUUACGGUGCAGAAACCAUCCUUACCAACUUUCAGAAUUUGAAAAUUACUCAGAAGCAGAUCAAUGACUUUAUCAGUAAUAAAACCUAUGGGAAAAUUAACAACCUGAUAGAGAAUAUAGACUCUGGCACUGUGAUGCUUCUUACAAAUUAUAUUUUCUUCCGAGCCAGGUGGCAACAUGAGUUUGAUCCAAAUGUAACUAAAGAGGAAGAUUUCUUUCUGGAGAAAAACAGUUCAGUCAAGGUGCCCAUGAUGUUCCAUAGUGGCAUGUACCAAGUUGGCUAUGAUGAUAAGCUCUCUUGCACCAUCCUGGAAAUACCCUACCAUAAAAAUAUCACAGCCAUCUUCCUCCUUCCUGAUGAGGGCAAGCUGAAGCACUUGGAGAAAGGCUUGCAGGUGGACACUUUCUCCAGAUGGAAAACGUUACUGUCACGCAGGGUCGUAGAUGUGUCUGUGCCCAGACUCCACAUGACGGGCACCUUCGACCUGAAGAAGACUCUCUCCUACAUGGGUAUCUCCAAAAUCUUUGAGGAGCAUGGUGAUCUCACCAAGAUCGCCCCUUGUCGCAACCUGAAAGUCGGCGAGGCUGUGCACAAGGCUGAGCUGAAGAUGGAUGAGAGGGGUACGGAGGGGGCCGCUGGCACCGGAGCACAGACUCUGCCCAUGGAGACACCACUCGUCGUCAAGAUAGACAGACCCUAUCUGCUGCUGAUUUACAGCCAGAAAAUACCUUCCGUGCUCUUCCUGGGAAAGAUUGUUAACCCUAUUGGAAAAUAAAGGAGAAUUCCUGCUUGCCGCAGACCCCGAACAUGGCUUGGGGUUGAACAUGUUCCGUCUUCCCGAGAUGGAAGUGACAGGCACAGUUCAGCUCAGCCCCUCCCUGUCACCAUCUCCCUAGACUGCCCGAAAGAGCAAAAUUGCAAGUUCUAGGAAGUCCUGUGCCCCGUUCCCUCCCUGCCCAUUCCAAUGCUGGGAUUCGAUGCCCCACCCACUCGGUGGCAUUCUCCUCUCCCCUCCAGCAGGCAGAGGGACUCUGUGAUUUAAUAAACAAACGUUUCUCCCCACAGCCCUGCCCCAGGUUAACUGGCUAUUGGUGGAUAAUUUGGGGAAGGUAUGGGCCACCGCAAGUACCUGGAGACUGGAGGGAGAGACUGGGUUCAAAUCCUAGAAUGAGGUAUCUUUGGGAAAGCCAUAGACCCUCUCUGGGUCUGUCUUCUUAUUUCUGAAGUGAAGGUCCUGCCACUCCCUUUGGGGCUCCGAGGAAGCUAGUUCAGUGCUUUAAAAAAGUUGUUCCCGCCUCUGUGAGCCCUCGGCCAAUUAUCUGUCCCAGUGUGUCCACGUGGGAGCUCUGGGCUUAGCCAGCAUCCAGGUGGAUGGGGAAACAGGGACAGGACCAGUCCAGCCCCUCGGGCAACAUUAGAAGGACGAAGUCUAGAGUAGCAGCUAGAAUUUGCCGCCAGCUUUAUCCAUUUCAGGCACAAAAAGAACGUCCUGGCACCCUCCCU